CAGCAAUACAGAUAGAUUUAUAUGGACUACGUUUCCCGUGAUGCUCAGUCAGAUGAGCGGAUGACAGAGCAUCACGGGAAACGUAGUUCGUCGCUGUAUAAGGCGCAUAACCAGGACUAGCCCCGCCCACCGGCCGAGAUGCAGUGUGAUGGCCGCCGCUCGCCCUUACCUCCGAGCUGCGCGAGCCUUUCAGCACCUGCUUGGUGAGCGCGAUGACGUCCGCGCCGCACGUACCGACCUUCUCGGUGAGCAAACCCUUCACGGAGUGCCCGUACCGAGCUUGCCCGUCCGCGGACGCAGCCAUCUUGGCUACCGCUUCUUUCUCCAUCAAGCUACAACUACGGGUCAGCCUGCAGUCCAAAAAGCGUAACUUAGCGAUCGGUGAGGAGGAUGCUACCAGGGGUAGUCAUGGAAACCUGUGUUAAAGGGACAGUGUGUCUCCUUUUGUUUUUCUUUCACAGGGUUAUUCACUAAAGUGUGAAUUGUCAAGAAUUAAAAUUUUAGGCCAAAAUAGUCAAAAAUUUAAAAUUCUUCAAGUCCACUUUGGCCUAAAUUUAAAGUUCAAUUGGAGUCAACAAUAAUUUACACUUUGGUGAUAAAACCAAUUAAUUUUUUUCUAUGAAUUAUUAUAACAAAUCUCCUAACAUUGUAUAAGCAUUGAAUGGCUGUGUUCUGCCAUUUUCACGGACCCCUAAGAUUCUUGCACAAUCCAGCUGUUUUACAGCAAUUACAUGUACUGCGCAUGCGCGCGAGCACACACACACCUCCCUAGCUGCUCAAUUGAGAUACACAAACUUAAACUUUAUAUUGAUUCCAAUUUAAAGUUUAGGUUUUGAUUUCUGAGUUGAGCUGAUAGAAAGGUGUGUGUGCGUGCAUGCGCAGUACAUGUAAUUGCUGUAAAACAGCUGAUUCUGCACCAUCAGAAGUGACGCAGUCCAGACUUCUGAUGGGUCCAGGAAAAUUACAGCACACCGGCCUGACUAGAACUGCCUUCCCUGCCACAUUCAGGGCUGCAAUGUGGAGAUUUAUGGUGAAGUAUUUUGCAUGGGCUGUAUACCCUGAGUGCGCUUCACGCCGUGCAAGCACUAAUGGGGAUCUAUCUGUCUGAGCGGGGACCCACCAUAGGGCAGGCUAAUUGAGCUGUUGUCCGUUCUCACAUCUCUUGCAACUUGUUUUUCUCUCCUUAAGUUUAAAGGGCAAUCUAGACGUGGACCACUUGCUCACGGUGCCUAGAGGGAUGUUGGCUAUACCUCACUGAUAAUACCUUACAUGGUUGAAACGAUCGUCUGGGGUUGUUGUAUCUCUCGUGCAGAGGGAACUUGCUGGCAUUUCGGAUCUGUACUGCCUGUAAGCGUGGAACCACUCUGAUGUGCUUCAGAUAUGUUCUGUCUGGGAUAUGUUCCCCUGAAAUGGCACUAGAUGAGCUAAAACCAGCUUGAGAUCUGAGUGGGGACCCACCGAAGGGCUAAUUGAGACGUUGUCCGUUCUCAUCUCUCUUGAUACUUGUUUUUCUCUCUAGGGGAUCUAACCUGCUGUGGCAGAACAGGAGCCCAAGUUUGAGAGACGUGUUAUAAUGUGAUAAUAUUUCCCAUUUUGAUAUGGAACCUGUAGGGUCGCACUUGUUUGAUUUUCUUUAGAGUAUAGAAUCAAUGGUAGGUGAUUGGCACCAUGACCGGUCUAAUGCCAACAAACCAGCCAUCCCCAGGCAUUACACAUACGCAGUGCUUCAAAAAUAUGUGCACAGUGAUGUUUUAUUCACUGUACCUUCGUUUAAACAUUUUAGGCAUUUUUUGACAGAGGUAUCUAGGUUUAUAGUUAAUAAAUAUAAAAUCCCCUUGAAAGUAUGCAGUAUUUAAAUAAUGUUGCCUGAGAGGAUUUAAUCUUUAACGUACACAUAAUGCUGAAUAAACAUCAGUGAAUUAAUAACAUCUAGGUUCCCAUAGGAAUCUGCAGCGAUUAGAAUAAUCACUGAUUUGGCAGUUUGUGAAUUCUAAAUCCUGCUGGGCAUCACACAUUGUAUACCUCCUAGCUGUAUGUGUACCACAUUGUAGAUUUUAUGAGGUAUGCAAAUGUUAAAAUUAGGGAUGCACCGAAAUGAAAAUUCUGUGCCGAAACCGAAAAUUCAGGAUGCCCUUGGCCGAAAACCGAAAUCGAAAAUCCCCAAAUGAUUUUAAAAAGUUUUUUUCCUAAAAUAUUAUUAAUAUUAGACUUUUUAAUGAAUUUAAUUAAUCUAAUAUGAAAAACUUCCCUUCUCCCUUCUCUUUUAGUCGUCCCCCACUUAAUGUCCAUAGUGUUCUUCUCCCCUCCCCUGUCCCAUAGUGUCUCCUCCCCUCCCCUGUCCCAUAGUGUUCUUUCCCUCCCCUGUCCUAUAGUGCACUUUCCCCCUCCCUGUCCCAUAGUGCUCUUUCCUCCCCUGUCCCAUAGUUCUCUUUCCCCCCUCCCCUGUCCCAUAGUGCUCUCUCCCCUGUCCCAUAGUGCUCUUUCCCCUCUCCCCUGUCCCAUAGUGUUCUUUCCCCUCUUCCCCUGUCCCAUAGUUCUCUUUCCCCCCUCCCCUGUCCCAUAGUGCUCUCUCCCCUGUCCCAUAGUGCUCUUUCCCCUCUCCCCUGUCCCAUAGUGUUCUUUCCCCUCUUCCCUGUCCCAUAGUGUUUUCCCCCCACCCCUGUCCCAAGUGCAGUAUUCUUGACUUUUUAGGUUAUCAUUACUAGCUUUCAUUGUAAUAUAUAAUCAUCUGAAUUGUUAAUUUGUUUAAAAAAAAUUAUUUUGUAAAUUUGACCUGUUUUCGGCCGAAACUGGAUAGGCCCAUUUUCGUCCGCCGAAAUUUCGGUGCAUCCCUAGUUAAAAUAAAAAAAAUAAAAAAAAUUAUAUAUAUAUAUGCUUAAAUCAGUUCUGUAAAGUGUAAACAAGUCUAUGGUGUCUUUUAUCCAAUGGAGUCCUGCAUAAUGCAUUUUUUUUAUUCGCAUCCUUGACAAAACAAUAUAUUUGGUCACAUAUAAUUAUGCGAGAGGUGAUUUAAUUGGAAAGUAUGCAGCCAGUUCUAUCGCUCGACACAACUAGGCGAAGUAAUAAAGUCAAAUGGAAGGAGGUGGGGAGAUGGAACUACAGAGUGUGAGGAAUAAGGGAAACAAAACCUUUACAUUACAAAAACUGUACAGGCCCUCCCCUCCCGACCUGCAUAUUUUGGUGUACUGCACGAUGUCAAAUAUUUUGCAUUAUUACGCCCGAUGUUUCACUCUGUCAUAUAACAAAAAAGAUUUACCCCCCCCCAAAAAAAAAAAGCAAUGAAACUCACGUGGUAACACGGACGAGAACCCCGGCACAAUGUGAUUAAUAUCCUCAAAUUGGUGGUAUGUCGGAGACUUGCGCGUCUCAACUUGUAAAGCUUUUUAAAGUAUGUACUGCUUGUUUGAACUACUUAUCAAUAAAAACAGAUUUAACAAAAAAAGAAAGUAUGCAGCCAGGUCAAGCCUUUGAGAGUGCACAGGGUUUUCAAUUGUCGAAAAAAACAACAAUAUAUUCACCAUUUGGCGGAUUAGACCUGGGCCUUUUGUGUUAGAUUAAAAGGACAUUCUAGGCACUAUAACCAUUUCAGCUAUACCAGAUUAUCAGAUUUAUUUUUGUUUAUCUCAAAUUUUUUAACAAAAGAAUUACAUUGACAAUGUUAUACUUUUGUUGCAGAAUACAGAGAAUGAAAUGUUGAACUUUUUUGAUUAACUGAGUUCAUGCAAACUGUCAUAAAACUCCCUUCAGAUGUACAAAUAACACAUGGAUGAAGGUAGACGGAGGUAAGUUUGAAAUGACUGCAGGCCAAAAGACAACGGGUAAAAAGCAUUAUAUUACCUGGUAUAAUGAAACUACUAACUAGCCUUACCUUCAUAAAAAGGAUCCCUUUCAGUCGUAAUUGGCCAUCUCCUUACAGAGUGUUGUGUGUGUUCCUUUAAGUUUUGAAAGGACACCCAAUUUAUCAUCACAAACUCUAAGGUAUUAUGCAAAGAGCUCCUCUGUACGUUUGACUAUAGAAGACCACUGCAGGUUCAAGGCCACAUUCACUACAAUACAUCACUAGGGAGCUAUGCGUCAGGUAACUGCUAGUGUAUAGUGUUUGUACAUACAGAAUAUGCAGACUAGUGCCCAUUUGUUUCCCACAUCACUGAAGGUCCUCUUUCCAGUAGGGCAUUACUCUCAUGUACUUAUUCCUUGAUUGAUUGGUUUGUGUACCCACUAUAAAGCUCUUCAGUAAAUGUUGGCACUCCGUAAAUAUUAAAGAGCAUAUUGCCCUCCCUUUUUUCUUUAAUAUCUUUGUCUGGGUAUUUUUGUUUCCUAUUAAUCACUUCUUACAACUGCAUUUCAGUGAUAGCACUCACAAUUUUUAUUAUUGUGAAAAAUAAUAAUACCUUAGAGAGGGUUCAGAGAAGGGCUACUAAACUGGUUCAUGGAUUGCAGGAUAAAACUUACCAGGAAAGGUUAAAGGAUCUUAACAUGUAUAGCUUGGAGGAAAGACUAGACAGGGGGGAUAUGAACAUUUAAAUACAUAAAGGGAAUCAACACAGUAAAGGAGGAGACUAUAUUUAAAAGAAGAAAAACUACCACAACAAGAGGACAUAGUCUUAAAUUAGAGGGACAAAGGUUUAAAAAUAAUAUCAGGAAGUAUUACUUCACUGAGAGGGUAGUGGAUGCAUGGAAUAGCCUUCCAGCUGAAGUGGUAGAGGUUAACACAGUAAAGAAGUUUAAGCAUGCGUGGGAUAGGCAUAAGACUAUCCUAACUAUAAGAUAAGGCCAGGGACUAAUGAAAAUAUUUAGAAAAUUGGGCAGACUAGAUGGGCUUAUCUGCCGUCACAUUCUAUUCUAAUAAAUGUAGUAAUUUCUUAGGCUUACAAAGGAGUGAUCACUCACAUGUGAGUUUUUUUUUGUGCAGUCACUUUGAUAUCAUGAAUCCAUAUGAGCAUGUAAUUACAUAGCCUGUGCCUCCAUUCACAUCGAGCUGCAUCUUAAAAGACUAGAACAUAUGUGCAUGCGCAUUCUAUGCAUAUACAGUGACAAAGCGCAGCUGCAGUACAGUAGCUCUUAAGACCCUUGCACUUAGUUUAAAAUUUAAAGGGAAACGUUUAAGAGCUUUCAGAAUAAGAUGUGCAAUUUAUUUUAGAUUCUCAUAAUUGCAUACUGAUCGCUAGGAAGCCCUAGUAAUAAACGUAGAACUGAAGUUUCCCCAUAAAAGUAAUCAAUCAGGAUCCUCAUCAUUCUCUAUUAUCCAGAAGGCUAUGGCUUCACCCUGCGGCAGAAACUUUAAAUACUCCACACAUAUUUUAUUUUGUAUGUCCCCACUCAUUCGUUCAAGUGAAUGAAGAGGGAGAUAUUUGGAUUUCUAGUGGUUAAUGCAGGAUCUUGGCAUUACCAACAUAGGCUGUAUUUCAAUUUCCUUGUGGAAUUCUGUAUAUGGGUUGCAUUUGUGCCAGUUGUCUAUGUUUACUAGAUCUAGCUAAUAAUUUCUGGAAAUAAUAAUAACUCAAGGUUGCAAUCGUCAUUGUGAGGCUGAACACCAGCCAAAAUAACCAUCUAAAGCUCUUACAUCUCUCAUGGACCAUUCACCUUACAGUCCAUAAAAAUAAUAAUACAAAACUUUCAGAUCAAGGAUUAACACUUACAUAAAAGUAAUCAUAAUGCAAAUACGAUCAAUAAUUGUAAAUGGUGUUAUGCAGGAUGGGUUUGUUUAACCCCUUAAGGACACAUGACAUGUUUGGUCCUUAAGGGGUUAAGCACAGCAAAUCAUCAGUCAUCAUUCCCUUUUAUUUCUGAAGUUGUAUGCUGAAGGGUUAAUAAAAUAUGUUAUAGAAUAAAAGAUACAUUCAUUCAUUUAUUUUUUUUCCGAUUAUAUAAGUAGACGUCAUGAAAUUCUAUUCAUAAUUGAAUACUGGUUUCUUGACCACACAAGGGUUAACAGUUUUUAUUCAGUUGGUCCCCUCUGAUUGGCUGCUAGUUUGGACUCUGCAUUAUUUAUUUGGAAUGUAAACUGAGAUUACCAUUUCAAGGUAAGGAAGCUACCAGUAUGCUUGUCUUGCUAGUUUCUGGACUGAUUCUAGCGCUGGGGCUAAUUAUUACUUCUUUUUGGUGGUUGACAAGGAAAAACCACAAGGAUGUAAAGUAUCCAAAGAGCUUACCAUCAUUACCUUUGAUUGGGAGUUUACUUCACCUUGGUCAUCACGUUCUUCCACACAUCCAUUUCUGCAAUUUACAGAAAAAGUAUGGGAGUCUCUACUCAUUUAAUAUGGGCUCCCAUUACGUUGUCAUUGUCAACAACCACCAGCAUGCCAAGGAGGUCUUGUUAAAGAAAGGGAAAACGUUUGCUGGGAGGCCACGCACAGUAAGUUGGAGAAAUAUCUUUCUAUAUAAAUGCAGCAGAUCUUGCUUGUUAAAUCUGAGAGUGUAUUCACUAGAUCAGAAUAAUAGCGGAAUUGUAGAAUAUUCCACAUUUUAGCCAUAAAUUCAAAUGUAGGGAAUAAAUCCCCUGAUGUUUAUUUAAUAAAUAGUGUAGUAAUAUUUUUUUUUUAAAUUAAAGAAGAAUGGUUAUGCUAUUUGAUUAUUGAAACAAACUGCACAAAAAAAUGCAAGAACAGUUUUGAAACUUUGGGUGGGGUCUUUGCAAUUGUUUCAAAGACCCCCAGAAGGUCACAUCCCCACUCUUUGUUCGGCAGACCACAGGUGAAGCUGAAGGUUGUUAUACUGAUCUGAAGCUCUCCUCCAUGGGUACCUCCAACUUGUAUCUCCAGCUCUUGGCUCUUCAGCUACCAGGAGCUGUUUAACUGUUGCAGUCGUGUGCAUGCGCAUGAGUACAAAACAGAGAUAUAUAAAGGAUCCCGCAAGAUCUGUCUUAGAGAAUAGAUGCAUGAGAAGAUCCCCCUUUUCCAUAGGCGUCUCUGGUGACAGAUGUGGCAAUCAACAGGUGAGGGCAAAGCUCCUCCUUUCGCCAGCGUAGGCUUUCCACAUAACACAAAGUCUCUAAUUUGUCUCAUGAUAUCGCUUGGUUAAAUUUCAAUAAAAUUCCAACGCAAAGAACAUUAAUAUUUCAUGAAGAUUUUGUCUCAAUGAAAUACUCAAAUAGUGGCAUGAAGUGACAGCAGUUUCUUGUGUGGGAAAACAAAUCUGGAGUUUGUGUUAAGAGCUAAGUUAGACUUAAAGGAUCACUAUAGUGCCAGGAAAACAAACUCAUUUUUCUGGGUCUAUACGGUCUUUGGGCCCCCCCACCCUCUGGGUCCCACUCCCGCCGGGCUGAAGGGGGAAGAAGGUGUUAAAUUCUUACCUUUCUCCAGCGCCGGGCGCGUAUUUAAUCAGUCCAUAGGAAAGCAUUUUUCAAUGCUUUCCUAUGGAUGUUGGCUUCUUCUCACUGUGAAAAUCAUUGAGACAGCCACUAGAGGCUGGAUUAACCCUAAUGUAAAUAUAGCAGUUUCUCUGAAACUGCUAUGUUUACAGUUGCAGGGUUAACCCUAGAUGGACCUGGCACCCAGACCACUUUAUUGAGCUGAUGUGGUCUGGGUGCCUAUAGUGGUCCUUUAAUGAAUCAGUAUUUUUAUGAAAUGUGUUAAAUCAUAAACCUGUUAUCUGAAGAAUGUACUAAUUGGCAAUUGAUACAAAGGGUGUAUCCUUAGAGAGAAACUGGCAUACACAUAUUAUUUAAAUAAAAUAAUGCAUAGAUUUCAGUCUCUCUGUGCAUUAUUUUGUAGUGCAUUUUAUACAGUAGUUUGCAGUGUAUAAAUGCAUUGUUUCAUUGAGAAUCUUGGUUUAUCCUUACUCCACAAGAUCUACUUAAAGGACCUCUCUAGGCACCCAGACCACUUCAGCUUAAUGAAGUGGUCUGGGUGCCAGGUCCAGCUAGGCUUAACCCAUUUUUUAAUAAACAUAGCAGUUUCAGAGAAACUGUUAUGUUUAUCAAUGGGUUAAGCCUUCCCCCAUUCCCUCUAGUGGCUGUCUCAUUGAUAAUGCUUUCCUAUGUGACCGGCUGAAUGCGCGCGCAGCUCUUGCCGCGCGUGCGCAUUCAGCCGACGGGGAGGAGAAGAGGAGGAUCGGAGGAGGAGAGCUCUCCGCCCAGCGCUGGAAAAAGGUAAGUUUUUACCCCUUUCCUCUCCCCAGAGCCGGGCGGGAGGGGGACCCUGAGGGUGGGGGCACCCUCAGGGCACUAUAGUGCCAGGAAAACGAGUAUGUUUUCCUGGCACUAUAGUGGUCCUUUAAUGUAAGUGACUUUUGAUCCAAACCACCAUUUUUCCCAAUGUAAAGCUGUGCAGAAAAUUCAGAGAUAGUGUAUGUUCACUAAUGCUGAUGUCAUGCACAAGUCCUGAGCAGCUCAAAACCAGAUGCAGAGCCAUUUUCAGCAUUUAGCGUAGCUCUCUUUUUGCAUGCAAUGGAGAAAUUUAAAACUACUAUUUGCGUUGGGCUGAAUAUGUGGGAUGCUCCUUGAUAUCACCUCCUCUAGACUGUAAGCUCGUUUGAGCAGGACGCCAGAGAAAGAUGGCUGCGCCACUAGAGGACAUGUUCAAGUAAUUAGAACUCACUUUACCUGCCCCCACCCUCUAGACCCAUCAGGGGUCUUUGUGAAUUCUGCAACGUCCCCAGAUGGUGAUAAUGUCAUUUUAAAAACAUGAAAAUUACUGUGGCUUCCUGCAGAUCACUAUGAUUCAUCUUCAGCUGGUUUCUACAAGAAAGAUAAUUGCGAUGUAGCUCUAUCUCCAAAGGACAGUCUUUAAAUUCAGGCUUUAAAAUAAUAAAAAUGAUCACAGAAAAAGCUGUUUUAAUUACACAGGCAUAGUCAAGAGAUGAAAGAAAGUAUAAACAAUAUCAAGAGUAGGAGGAAUAUACUAAAAUUAUUGCAACCCCAUCAUGGGAACUCACUCUAUUUAAGAGUUUCAAUACUUGUAAAAUUUGUUCAGGCACGUGGAUCGUAUGGAAUUUGAGCUUGGAUACAGGAUGGACCAUCUCAAUAAAAUGCAUUACCAGGGCUAUUCACAAUUUUGCUCAUAUUUUUGGUAGCCAAUGAAUGUUGUGUUACGUGAUCAUUACAAGAUUUUGUGGACAGCUGUCAGUAUAGUUCCUUUUUCUUUUUAAUAAAAAUAAUUGUUUUUAAAAAAAAACAUUCAAUGAAAAACAUAAUGAAAGUUGAGCAACACCCAAAUGACACCUAUAUUUAUUAUGUUUUAAAGGUAACAACUAAUAUUUUAUCAAGGAAUGGAAAAGACAUUGCCUUUGCAGACUACAGCCCAAGCUGGAAAUUUCACCGCAAGAUAGUACAUUCAGCUGUCAACAUGUUCGGAGAAGGGACCAUCGCCAUCGAGGAAAUCAGUAAGCCCAUAUGUCCUACUUCUCUCAAAGCAUUGCAGCUAAAUAUAUUGAGGUUAAGCUCAUAUCAGGGCAGUACCAUCUGAUAUUCUACCCUGUCCAUUUACACCAUGAGAGAUUCCCUGUAGGUCCCACUCAUGAAUAUUCUCUAUAGUACUGAAUUUCUUGCCUACUUUUCCAUUGUCCUUUCUCGCACCCAACACUGGACAGACUGAGAGAUAGUUAGAUUGUCACCAUCCUCCAUCCUUUAUCUUCUCGAUGGUGCGCUGGUUCCUAAUAACUUUUAGAUUUCUCUUCACCAAUUUAUUAGAUUUUUUUUUUUUUUGAUGAUUUUUAAUUAUUUAAAAAUAACAUCACGAGUUCUUUUUUUUUCUCCAGUCAUUUGCCCAUGUGAUAGUUGACUGUGAAAUUCAGUACUCUUAUCUAUGCUUGAGUUUCUGAAGUCACAUAUACCAAUAAUUAAAUGACCAUGUUUUAGUUACACUAACCAACCACCCUUCUCACAUUCUACAUCGUGAUCAGCCCAGACAUGUAUUUAAACUCAUAAUUUGUAGAGUAGGUUACAUUAUUAACCCUGUUGGUGGAAAAAGGGAACAGGGCCAUCUUCUGGGGUUAAUGGGAAGUACAGUGGGGUGAACAUUAGUUACGGAUUUAACCCCAUCAUCACCAAUUAUAUUACAUCAUGUCUCCACGAUAUGAUCCACACAAGCACGGAAUGUCUCUCUUAAAAAACAAAAAUCCAGUUCAAUAUAGCCCUGCUGUCAUUAAAUAGACAGGACAUCCCACGUUCUGAAAUAUCUUCAAAAGGCACCCAUACUUGACUGGUUCACGUAAGGAGAGCUAAGUAUAAAAUCCACUUACAUCUGCAGCAGAUCCAGGUAUUGACAUCUUCCCACGAUGCUGUGUGCAUGCUCAUGCGCACUCAUGCAUCAGUUUAGAAAGUGUUCCAUGAAUCUAUGUGUGCACAGACAUUUCUACCAAAGUACUGCACAUGCUAGUGGUCACGUUCAUGUCAGUUAUGCUCUUGGUUUAUCAUGGUACCCUGGCCUAUCUAGUAAAUAAAAAAUAAAUAAAACCAGGUAACUUGUAAGUGGUAAGAAGUAUCAUAUUUAAAUUCCCUCAAAGUAAUAAAAGAUAUAGAUAUAUUGCUGGUGUCAUGGUAAAUGUCCCUUCCAGAUAUUAGAGCUCUGGUGGUGGUUAUAGUGGAAGUAAAUAUCAGCAUGCUUCUCUAGCGACAUCUAGUGGCAUUUAUUGAAACUUCUAUGUAGUGUGUAAACAAUGUGAAGUGAAUUUGCCUUGCUUGUAUCAAACAAAAAGAAAAGGUAUUAAUUUGGGUAAUCAUUGGUUCAUAAUCCUUGCACACUCACCUUCCACCAGUCCAAGACGAUCUUAUUGUGGAACCCACAUUAUGGUUCUGGAAUUUCUUAUCCUUAUUUUUGGUUCUUUGGUAAGAUUUCUGGAAGAUGGCUGUAAUGUCAAGCUCGCACAGUGUAUUAUAGAAGUAUCGCUCCCCUGCGAAAAAGAAAUAAAAGCAUUUAGAAUUUCCACCAAUUGGUGUCAGUGUAGCACAUCUUGGGUGUAUUUAUCCCAAAUUUAAGUAAAGAAUUGCAAUAUGGUCACAGCUGAUUGUAUUUACCAAAAUACAUGCCAGUUUCUCUAUUAAACUGGAAAGGCAAUAAAUAAAUAAAUACAUUCCGUUGUUCUAGCGCAUUUAAUUAUUAUUUAGUACAUUGUAAGCAGAUUUUAUUCUAUUAAUUCUACAUACUACAAAAGUCAUUCGUAUUGAGGAAGUACAAAGCACCCACAAUAAAAUAUAUGGGUGAAAUAUCUGUAUGAAGUUUACUAAUAUCUCACAAGUUGGCUCAUUAUGUUAAAUAGAAAAAAGUAAUAAUUAUUAACAGUUGCAUUUCUCCCUUCAUUUUAUUAGUUACAUAUCUUACUUUUACACUCAGGACUAAUUAUAUAAUAAUAUAUUGAGUAUAUCACCACAGAGAGUGAUAGGAAUGAAAACCUUCUGUCCGAGAAUAGCAUGAAAAUGUCAUGACUGAGCAAAUUACAUAGUUACAUAGCUUGCGUCCAUCAAGUUCAGCCUUCCUCACAUUUGUUUUUUGCUGUUGAUCCAAAAGAAGGCUCUCCUCAAUGCAAUGGAUAUUCCAUUAGACAAACAUCUCUAAUCUCAGUGUUUUAAGUAAUUAGUACAAGGCUUAAAAUAGUAUGCUAUUAGCCAAGGCUUCAAAGUCACAAACCACUGCAAGCCUAGGGUCCGUGGCACACUCUCAGGUGGUCAAUUUCUACGCCGAUGGGCUAGAUUUUUACUCGUCUAGUGAUGUAGUUACAAAAGUAAAUACAUAUUGGAAUACAUUGGAAGAAUUAGUUUCUAGACUAUUUUUACAGUUGAAUGAUAGGUCACCAAGCUUAUGUCAGGUACAUCAUUUUUAGGAAAAUGUCAAAUAAUCCAAGGAAAACUGUGUUUUAGUGGUCAAUGCAAAUCUCCAACUCAUGAGACAUAUUCAAAGGGAAACUAUUGUGCCAUGAAAACAAAUGUGUUUUCCUGUACAAAACUGCAUCAGAUAUUUUGAAGCAUAUGGUCCUGUUUACUACAUACGCUAGAAAAUUGUAUUAGUUAACCAUAAUGCAUGGUUUGUCAUAAUCAUAGAAAUAGCAAUACAUACAACACUAAUUAAAAGACAAUAAGAAGAGGAUGGGGGACAAAACAAAUGACAAAUGGGAAAACUAGUCUUUAUAAAUUGAGUUUAUGUAUAGCAAAGCUGUGUUUAGAUCACUGCUACUCCUAAAAAGAAAAAAAAAUCCUGAGUUUGUAAUCACCCUCAAUUUUAUAAAAUAUACUAAUCAAAAAAGUUAUGUUGAUGUGCCACUGGUGAAAAUGGGCCUUGCACAGAAACAGCCAGGCAGUGACCAAAAUUGAGUGAACUAUACCUAAAUUUGGGUAGCAUUUCAACAGUAGUUGAAUUUUGUCUUAAAGGGAUAAAUAUACUGCCAAGCACCACCAUUUUGCUAUGUUGAGCAGCUUUAUAACUCAUUACUCCCCAUCUGCUGGUACGUUGCAUGUCUGUGAAUAAACCACGUGGAUGCUAUUUACCAAGAAUCACAACAUAUUGUAUUCGUUACCCUUUGUGUUUUACAGUUUCUCGUGAGGCUUCGUCACUGUGCCAAACGCUCAUCAGUUUUCAGAGCAAUCCAUUGGACAUGGCACCAGAACUAACCCGGGCUGUAACCAACGUGGUUUGCGCACUAUGUUUCAAUACCAGAUACAACAGAGGAGACACAGAGUUUCAGCAAAUGUUGAGUUAUAAUAAAGGCAUAGUGGACACAGUUGCCAAAGAUAGCUUAGUGGAUAUCUUUCCGUGGCUACAGGUAGGGGAAAAGGCUAUCAAAUGUAGUUAAUUUAUCACGUCAAAUUGCACUAUUUGCUGAGAGAGAGACACUAAGUGACUUGCUUAUUGUUAUUUCUAUUCUUUAUUUUAAACCCAGAUAUUUCCAAACAAAGAUCUGAGUUUAUUGAAGAACUCUGUGGCAAAGCGAGAUAAGCUUCUGGAAAAGAAAUUGAAGGAACAUGAAGUAAGUAUUUGAAUUGAAGGUAUUCGACUAAUAAAUGCACAUGUAUUGUCUAGAAUAGUUAACCCAUUAACACAUUUAAAGGGACACUAUAGUCACCAGAACAACUACAGCUUAUUGCAUUUGUUCUGGUGAGUAGAAUCAUUCCCUUUAGGCCUUUUGCAGUAAACACUGUCUUUUCAGAGAAAAUGCAGUGUUUACAUUACAGCCCAGGGAUAACUCCACUGGCCACUCCUCAGAUGGCGGCUAGAGAUGCUUCCUGGGGUAGAACUGCACACUGUGCAGUACUGCCACUCAUUGUCUCCUCCCUCUGCAUGCAGACACUGAACUUUCCUCAUAGAAAUUCAUUGAUUCAAUUCAUCUCUAUGAGGAGAUGCUGAUUGGCCAGGGCUGUGUUUGAUUUAUGCUGUCUCUGCCCCUGAUCUGCCCCUUGACAGUCUCAGCCAAUCCUAUGGGGAAGCACUGUGAUUGGCUCAGACCACCACUUCUGAUGAUGUCAGAGGUCAGAUGCAGUUCAAAGGAGAGGCAGCAGCUCCAGACUUGAAUACAAGUAAGAUUUUCUAUAUUUAGGAAGGCAAGGGGGCCAGUGUGCUAGAUUGUGGUUUUAACACUAUAGGGCAGGAAUACAUGUUUGUGUUCCUGACCCUAUAGUGUUCCUUUAAGCAAUAAUAGCACUGUUUUGAUUCCAAUUAUGGAUCUUUGAAUUCCAUCCCCUUCCUCAACCACAAAUCGCAAGGAAUUGUUACAGAUGUGUGAACUGUUAGCGGGUUGUGCUGCACACUUAGCUCUUUCACCAGUUAAACCCAAAUCACACAGGAAGCAGAAUAUUUGGAUUUUGUGUUUCUGGUAUGACUGAUGUCGCAAGAGACCAGUUAGAGAUUUGUGUGCAGUGUGACCUGGUACUUGAAUGACUCUUCUGUUCAUGCCUAGCUGCGAUCUGGGCAUCCCAAAAUUUCACGGUGGAGGUGGGACUCUGCAAGAUUAUUUUGCCCCAGGCAGCACAAAUCCAGUAGGUGACCCUAGUUUAAGUUGCAAAAUGUAAGAAUAAAAAAUAAAAAACAAUAACUUAUUAUUAUUAUUAUUAUGUUAUUUAUAUAGCGCCAUCAAAUUCCGCAGCUCUUUACAAUGGGUGCACGAACAGAGAUGUAGUUGUAACCAGACAAGUUGGACACACAGAAACAGAGUGGUUGAGGGCCCUGCUCAAUGAACUUACAUGCUAGAGGGAGUGGGGUAAAAUGACACAAAAAGGUAAGGAUAGUAUUAGACUAGUGACAGUUGCAGAAGAGGAAUCAGUCGGGAGCUUACAAAUGUUAUAACUUGAUAGAAAAGCAGGAGGAUUCGACAUCCCUGCAGACCUACAUUUUUUAAUUUCAUGCGUAAACAAGAGAAAACCAGUGGAGAAACUCCUGGCUGAUCAAGAUCAAGCUGAAGUGGACGAUGGGUAUACCAAGGAGAGAGUCAGUAAACUUACCUACCCUCAUCCCAUGGAUACCCCAUCCAAAGAGACAUCAUCUCGAGUCUUAUAAAAAUGCAAAGAAUAAUGAACAUGUACCAGUGACCCCAUAACUGGUCACCCUACUGUGUAACCUGUGUUUCAUGGUAUUCAACUAUUUAUUAUAUGAAAUUAUCCAUAUUUAGAAGGGAAUAUAGAUCUCUAACUGUGACACAUGUUGGCCUGAGAAUGUUUUAAUAUUGAUUCUAGAUUCUGUAUCACCCUGACCUGUCACAUUUUAUGCACAGGAGGCAUUUUGUAGCGAGGCAAUAAAAGACUUGACAGAUGCUCUUCUGAAAGCAAAGCUUAGCGUGGAAAACAACAAUGGCAAUAUUUCCCAGGAUGUGGGGCUCACCAAGGAUCACCUGCUUAUGACGGUCGGGGAUAUAUUUGGAGCAGGAGUGGAAACCACUUCAACUGUAUUGAAGUGGGCAGUGGCUUAUUUAUUACACUAUCCAGAGGUAAGUUAUUCAGUUAUUCUGUAUCACGGCACAUGUGGGUGAAUAAUGGAGAAAUGGCAGUGAUGGAUAUUUCUUGCUGCCUUCGGUUGAGAUAUGUAAUGAUGACAAUGGUAGCAGUUAGAACAUCGCACAUUGAAUGGGUUGUGAAAAAACAAACAAACAUUAGGACCAGGGCAAUGGGAAAAAAGGUUUAAUUAAUGGUCGUACAUCGUGUGUGUGUUUUAUUUAUAUUUAUAUAUAUAUAUAUAUAUAUAUAUAUAUAUCACACAGUUUUUCUAGGGGUGUAUACAGCUUACGGCAAUAUCAACCAAUCACGGGAUUCUCAGUGCAAAAAGUAUAAUUUUUCAUAUAACAUUACGUAUUGCUGUUAGUCUUCUGUUAACCGAUGCACAUGACAGUCUUUGAAUUAGGAACCCAAUUAAAAUUUACAGGUGCUUAGAAAGAAUGUUUUUUUUUUUUUUUAAGUGCAGGAUGUUUAGCUGGAUGUGAAAAGUGGUGUCAGGCACACAUGAGAAAAAUAUUGCAUGUUUAAAAAAUGCGAGUUUAACCCUUUCACAGCAUUAGUAUAUUGUAUUAGAGUCAGGCCUACUGACCAUCCCAUCUUUCAAGCUAUGUAUACAGUAAUACUUUAGCUACGUAAUAAGAAAUACAGAAAUAGAAAGCAGGACAUGAGACUGACACCCUGUAACAUUAUAUAUAGCUCUGCAUGUCUAGGGGAAUAUUCACUAAGCAUUGCAUAGGUAAAACAAUUUAUUUUCCAUCACUCUCCCUUCCUAUAGAUGUCCUACAUUUUUUGCAUAUGUUUAAUAAAUGCAGGUUUCAUACCUGGCAGUAUAACACUCCAUCUGAACAUGUUGCUCUUUUUUUUUUGUUUGUUUGUCUUUUUUUCAAAUAUUUUUAUUGUUUUCAAAUAAAAAAAAUACAAAACAACAUAUAAAUUGAUAAGAUCUCUUAAACACUGUGUAAGCUGACAAAACAGAUUAUCCAAUAUUUUGAGUCUCUCAUUUUCAAUUUCUCCUCUUAAACAGUCAAGGUCUGACCAACUGAGACACUAAAACACUAAAAUAGCCAAUGUAAUGCAAUCCAAUAUAAUAAAUAUAUAUAUAUAUAUUGGAAGGCGGGGCCUGAAAUUGUGGGAGGGGUUACCCGGCUAUUUAAACUCAGGCCCUCUACACCACAGGGCUGAUGCUGCCGGUUCAUUUCUACUUCCGGUUCAAAGGUCCUCGACGCAGACUGCCUAAAACUCCAAACCAGCUGGUCUGGGCCUACUGUGGCUCCCAUGCUGAUCGGACCAAGUUCUCUCUGCUCCAACAACUCCCAUCAUGCUGUUCCAGCCACAUGCGGUCAGAGACUACUCACCUCCUCUCCAGAAUUGUCCGUUCGUUCCCGCCGGCACUAUGAGACCCCUUCCCGGGCCUUUUCCUGGACCAAACCUCCGUGUCCGCCGACGCUGGGUACUUUCCAGCCGCAUAGCUGACCUUUCACUUCAACGCAGCUUCUGGGUCAAUUCGUUUGCUUCCUGUAUCUGUCAAAUCCACGAACCGUGAGUCUGUCCGAACGGGCUAAAUCCAUGUACAAACACUAUUGUUCGCACGUUUACAUCCUUACAUACCGUCCAUUCGGGACUUUUUCCCCGUUUAGGACUUAAGUCAGUUUGUCUACUCCUGCCUGCUCUUUGUUCCAUUCCCAUUUCGUUAGUUUCCUUUUGUCAAAUUUCUACCGAACUAGUCUCCAAUCUAUCUUAGUUACAUGCUGCCAUUUAGCGGCCACUACAAUCAUAGUACCCAUUCGUUAGUUUUACACUGUUCCCUGAUACAUGUAAUGUCCAGGUUCUUUUGAAAUGUAUUUAGCCUGCUACUAAUUGUCCUUACAUGCUCCCUGUAGUUUGGUUAUGUUUGCUAUGUUUCUUGUUAUUAUUUACGAUUGUGCACGGAUAUUGUCAGUUUCCCAUUACUAGUUCAGCUCGGGUACGCAUUUAAUAUUCACUACAUAUAUAUCAUUUCCAUCAUAUAUUGCAAUGUCUUAUUCUAUCGCUUAUGGACUUGGUACUGUUGUGAGGCAGUCAUCACAUUCACAUUUGUUACCAUGUGUUAUGGCCAAACUGUAUACUUGCUCCCAUGAUAGGUAUUUUACUUAUUUGGAGCACAACCACCUAUUCGCUAAACCUUUUUAGUAACACAACACACUCCUAUGUUCAGUAUAUGUAUCGGCAUGUCUCCUGGUACAAACCCUAGUGUACCAGGCAUUACCAUACCAUCAUACGAUCCCCUUGGCAUUAUUGGUUAAACACUCCCCCACGGUCUCUGGUAGUGGCUUAGGAUCCUGACCCUACUCACUUAUAGGGAUAUUUUAUUUAUGUCCUGUGAAUCUUGUACCCACCAUGGUAGGGUCAGGAUUCUAAUGACUGUGUCCUCAGGUUACCUACUCAUAGCCCAGCCUCAAGAACAACCACCCCAAUGAUACAAGUGUAUUUUCAUUCAUUGCAAGUCAAGCCCCAUUCCAGUUCCAACUGGCCUCCCACCAUAAUUUUCCCUUUAGGUUCUCCAGUAUCUCAUUCCUCUGGCAAGGAAACCUCAUUCUACCCCAAGCAAGGUACAUUUACCCACCUCGCUAUUACCCAACACCCGUCCCAUUCACGGACCAGGUAUGUCAACUGGCGGUCUGGUUCCCAGCUAAGCCACUAACUAGCCUCAUCAUUAUCAAUUCCGUGAGGCCAACACCCAUCUUCAUCCGCAUAUGUAGAUAUACGCCCCUCGGCCCAACGAAUUGCUAACGGUUACCAGUAAGGGCCUCACCCAGCACGGCCUCUUAUACUGACUCUUUUUUACAGUCCCGAGAGGCCAACGUUCCCGCCACAUCUUUCAGUGGCCCCUGCCCACUACGCCAAAUCAUAGGUAGAGCCUCUCUCAGCCACUUGGCAUUAAGGGCCUCACCCUCCUGGUAGUUGAGAUAAAUUCUUCGCCUUUAGCUAGAGCCAGUUGACACAGAAUCACGCUAUUAUUUGUUGUGCUCACCCGACUCCUAUUUGGGUCUCAGCGUGUCUCUAAUCCCAGAACAAGACAGGGACCUCACUGCCCCGUACCCCAACCUGACUUCCCACCCCGGCUGGGCCUAGCACCCCUGCAGACUAUCUGGAGCCUACUAAGCCUGGUUCCCCACAUUCCUGUACCAUCCUAAAAUUAACAAGCUGUACUACGGCAUUUAGGGAUUCCAUUCCCGGCCACAGCUCGCAAACCAAACUAUAUAAACUUCUGCUCAAAUUACCGGUACACCUCAGCCGGGCACUAGCUUGUAGUCAGGUAAUCUGGAUAAGUACAAUGAAGUCAAGCAGUUGAUAUCCACUCUACUUGCCUCCAUACAAAACAUUAACGAUGGACUAGAGAGACUGGAAUCUCCACAGGCACUGACGCACGGCCCAGCCACAGGGCUCCUAAAUCCCUCUCAUGUUAUGUUACCCCUUCAAAUCCUGCCCCUAGCACAUCUGUUUACAUUGUCACUCCCGCGUACUUCGUGUCCCCGACCAAACAUAAAGACAUCUGGAAGGGUUAGUUUCGUCUCCUUACUGAUUGCCUCCCACAGUGUCUUAGCGUACAAGUCUUACUAAUACUACGAUGAUCUGUCCGUCGUUCUAUAGACCAGAAUCCCAGACUCAAUCAGAAACUCACUAUCCCAGAAUUGUCAUUACUUUCCCACAUGUUUAACUUUUUAGAACAAGGAGUAACCCCAAGCUGUUUGUCUUAUUUGCUAACACACUAUGUUGGCUACCACUCAAUAUUAGCGAAUGUCCUGCAGUCACCCGGUUUCUUAGAUGACUUCCUCACAAUAGAACACCCUCACUCCACUCUGCUUAGUAUUCACAAGACGAUGGUACUUUUUCACCACUAUGGGUUCCACUUUCACAAACUGAUCUUCUUAGGCAUUCAUCUUGACCCUAUCACGCUACAGAACAUGUCCACCUACAGAGAAGGUACAGCGCAACGGAGUCCGGGGAACCUUUUUCUUGCGAAGAGCACGUGUACCUGGGGGGAUCUACAGUCCUUACUGGGCACGUUGAACUUCGUCAUGAGAAUUAUUCCUCAGGGUCGCACAUUUAUUUCCCGACCACUGUGUCUUCUUCCCACCGACAGUUGCAUUUUGGCAUAGUUGUGCUUACUAAAGCAGACCUACACAUAUGGCUCAGGUUCCUACCACACUGGAAUAGUAGGCCAGGUUAUUCCCGCCAUUUCUCAACAUUCCCCAGUUACAUGGACCAAUGCAGCCGCACAUACCGGUUUCACAGUCAAUUUGGUAACUUUUGGUUCUGAGAUUCCUGGCCUGGAGGGGGGGGGGGAAGGGGUAGGAGUAGAGAGGGGAAACUGUCAAGUGCUUCUCUGACAAUGGAGCAACCGGCGAUACCAUCAAUAAAGGCAUAUCCUCAUCCUUGACAAUCAUGGCUUGAUUGACUAGGCAGCAACACUACAAUUUCACACCACGUGGGCACAAAUUCCCGGUGGUAUGUACAAGCAGCUGGCGCUUUAUCUCGCUCUAAUUUACAAGACUUCUUUGAAGCUCACCCAACAGCAGGCCUGUCUACCCCCUUCCUUCCCCCCCACCCCCCCUGCAUUCCAUGGCUUAAAAUCUGGACUAACUCGCCUCAUGACAUUUGGCAGAUUUCUGGAUAGAGCUGCCCUCUCCGUUUAUACAUCACGAGCAUACAAUAGAGAUUUCACCUUUACAACAAGUUUACCACCGAUUACCAUAAUACCGAUAUUCUUUCACUAGACGCCAUCGUGACACUCCUCUCCUUUUUGCCCCCUCAAUUUAAAACUCUCUCUUAGCACUACAAAACUUUACUUGACUGGAAUACAACACCAUAUCUUAAGUGCCUAUCCUAGUACCAAACAGUUCACAUCCUCUUACCAUGUGACGAAUGUACAGAGAUAAGGUACUAUCCUACGGACAAUAAGGUGUCCGGUCAAAAUGCCAGACCUUUACAGGUUAUCACUGGACUAAACCUCAAUAUGCCCCUAUUUACACUGCUGGGCAAACCACUUGCUACAGCUAAAUUCAUAAUAUAUCUCAGAACACUCUAAGCUAGGUGGGGACUCAACCACAAUGCCUUUUCGGGACAUUUGUUCAGAAUCGGGGCAGCAUCAGCUGCUUCUAGACAAAUGUCCCUGCUCACAUCAUAAACAUUAGGAUGCUGGAAAUCGGCAGUGUAUUACUAGAUACACACCACAAACAGAGCUAGACUUGAGUAGACAAGCCUUUAUGAAUCUUGCUACGUAGAGAUACGUAAUAAGGUUAUUUUAUUCAAUUUUUGCCCUCUUUUAUUACAGGCCUACCCGUUACGUCGAUUUUGGCACACCACAACCGACUUGCUCAUAUAUCUAACUUAUCAUAGAUACAGCUUUGGUCCCCGACUACAAAUUGGAAGGCUGAGUCUGAAGUUGUGGGUGGGGUUACCCGGCUAUUUAAACUCAGGCCCCCUACACCAUUGGGCUGAUGCUGCCGGGUUCAUCCCUCCCACCUCUCCCAUUAUAUAUAUUACUAUUACAGGUGGGCCCUCUUUUAUUACAGGCCUACCCGAUACGUCGGUUUUGGCACACCACAAUUGACUUGCUCAUAUAUCUAACUUAUCAUAGAUACGGCUUUGGUCCCCAACUACAAAUAUAUAUGUAUGUGUGUGUAUCUAUAUAUACAGGGAGUGCAGAAUUAUUAGGCAAGUUGUAUUUUUGAGGAUUAAUUUUAUUAUUGAACAACAACCAUGUUCUCAAUGAACCCAAAAAACUCAUUAAUAUCAAAGCUGAAUAUUUUUGGAAGUAGUUUUUAGUUUGUUUUUAGUUUUAGCUAUGUUAGGGGGAUAUCUGUGUGUGCAGGUGACUAUUACUGUGCAUAAUUAUUAGGCAACUUAACAAAAAACAAAUAUAUACCCAUUUCAAUUAUUUAUUAUUACCAGUGAAACCAAUAUAACAUCUCAACAUUCACAAAUAUACAUUUCUGACAUUCAAAAACAAAACAAAAACAAAUCAGUGACCAAUAUAGCCACCUUUCUUUGCAAGGACACUCAAAAGCCUGCCAUCCAUGGAUUCUGUCAGUGUUUUGAUCUGUUCACCAUCAACAUUGCGUGCAGCAGCAACCACAGCCUCCCAGACACUGUUCAGAGAGGUGUACUGUUUUCCCUCCUUGUAAAUCUCACAUUUGAUGAUGGACCACAGGUUCUCAAUGGGGUUCAGAUCAGGUGAACAAGGAGGCCAUGUCAUUAGAUUUUCUUCUUUUAUACCCUUUCUUGCCAGCCACGCUGUGGAGUACUUGGACGCGUGUGAUGGAGCAUUGUCCUGCAUGAAAAUCAUGUUUUUCUUGAAGGAUGCAGACUUCUUCCUGUACCACUGCUUGAAGAAGGUGUCUUCCAGGAACUGGCAGUAGGACUGGGAGUUGAGCUUGACUCCAUCCUCAACCCGAAAAGGCCCCACAAGCUCAUCUUUGAUGAUACCAGCCCAAACCAGUACUCCACCUCCACCUUGCUGGCGUCUGAGUCGGACUGGAGCUCUCUGCCCUUUACCAAUCCAGCCACGGGCCCAUCCAUCUGGCCCAUCAAGACUCACUCUCAUUUCAUCAGUCCAUAAAACCUUAGAAAAAUCAGUCUUGAGAUAUUUCUUGGCCCAGUCUUGACGUUUCAGCUUGUGUGUCUUGUUCAGUGGUGGUCGUCUUUCAGCCUUUCUUACCUUGGCCAUGUCUCUGAGUAUUGCACACCUUGUGCUUUUGGGCACUCCAGUGAUGUUGCAGCUCUGAAAUAUGGCCAAACUGGUGGCAAGUGGCAUCGUGGCAGCUGCACGCUUGACUUUUCUCAGUUCAUGGGCAGUUAUUUUGCGCCUUGGUUUUUCCACACGCUUCUUGCGACCCUGUUGACUAUUUUGAAUGAAACGCUUGAUUGUUCGAUGAUCACGCUUCAGAAGCUUUGCAAUUUUAAGAGUGCUGCAUCCCUCUGCAAGAUAUCUCACUAUUUUUGACUUUUCUGAGCCUGUCAAGUCCUUCUUUUGACCCAUUUUGCCAAAGGAAAGGAAGUUGCCUAAUAAUUAUGCACACCUGAUAUAGGGUGUUGAUGUCAUUAGACCACACCCCUUCUCAUUACAGAGAUGCACAUCACCUAAUAUGCUUAAUUGGUAGUAGGCUUUCGAGCCUAUACAGCUUGGAGUAAGACAACAUGCAUAAAGAGGAUGAUGUGGUCAAAAUACUCAUUUGCCUAAUAAUUCUGCACUCCCUGUGUAUAUAUAUAUAUAUAUAUAUAGAUACACACACACACACACACACACACACACACACACACACACACACACACACAUUUGCAAAGGGUAGCACUCCAAGGACUUAUAUAAAAUAUAACUUUUAUUUAACUUCGAAUAAAAAAAAAUGAAAGGUAUUGGAAGGUAAAUAAGUUAAAUUUUAUAUAAGUCCUUGGACUGCUACCCUUUGCACACUUUUUGUAUUCCUGACUGGACAAGCACCGGGCACUACAGUGAUUUUCUUUCGUGGAGUGCAAGAUUUUUUCGUAUACAUACACACAUAAACUUUAUACACAGCCACGUGGACACCAAGGGACAUUUUGGCAUGGGGACCUCCCCUUAUCUAUAAACCAUUAUAAGAACAUAAAAAAAAGAGUUGUUAGGGCAUUAUUAGCAUUUUUAUUUUCUGGGUGUUUCAGUAGCCACUUGUUCCAUAUCUUAUAAAAGAGGUAUUACAUCUGACAUUAUAAUAACCUUUUUCCAUCAAGCAUUGAUAUGCUACUUUAGACCAAUCAAGAAAUUCCACAUCCUUCCAUGUCUAGCGAUGAUCAAUUUCACCGCCAUCAGAAUGUUAAACACCAGUGUUUUAUUUAAGGAUGACAGAUGAAGGAGGCGUGGCCAGCAGAGCACCUAACCAGACGUCUACCAUCAGGGCUCCGAUGCAACCCCGCAAUAAACCGACCCCAGCAACAAAAAUCUCACAUCUGAAAACACACUAUUCGCAGCCCCCAGCAGAGGACACAAUGGGGCCCAAAAAUAGAAAGCAGAACCACCCGGAAAACUUUCGCUUGCCGGACAUCAGAUUCUCCUUCAAGAGGCCCACGCCACCAGCGCUGCCUAAGAUGGCGCCUGAGGCCCAGGUCGACCCGGAAACCUCGGAGGACUCCCACGAGGAAGAGGAAUCACUUACCUCUUCUCGAGCCAGUGGAGGGUAUCAUUCCCUUGAGUCAUAUGAAGACUCCACUCUGUCUCCCAAAGGAGACAUCAAGAGACUACUGACCGACCUGAGAGAGGUCUGGAAGGCCGACCUGCAUGAGACCCAGGCUGAAAUUGGUGUAAUCCACCAGAAGAUCACAGUGGUGGAUGCGAGGGAGACAACCAGAGACCGCAAGCUACAGGCAGCACAGAGCCAAAUCGCAGGGCUCACCCAGCAAGUCCACCAGCUAAGCCAUGCAGUGGCUACACUGGAGGCCCGCCACAGAUGCCGGAACAUCCGCCUAUGAGGAAUCCAAGAAACUGUGGAGGGGGAGGCGAUACUGCCCUUCGUCCAGAGACUGACCACCUCCAUGGGAAUAAAGGGGUGCAAUGAUCCCCUGCAGAUAACGUUGGUGUUCCGAAUGCGCAAAUCUGCCACAGCGCCAUCCGAAGCUCCUAGGGACACCAUCACAGUCAUGAGGGACGAGGCAGUGAGAACUGCAAUUCUGAACCGCUCCAGGCCCUUUGGGACUGUCACCUACGACAGCUGCACGGUAUCUAUUUACAGAGACCUGCCAUUCUUGGUGCUGCUGGAGAGGAGGCAGCUAGCCCCCAUCACCAGAAGGCUGAGAGACCAGUCUUUCAAGUACAGAUGGGGAACAGAGGGCAUGCUAAUAGUCCCCCAUGGUGAAGAAACGCUCACGCUGUCAUCCACUGGAGACCCGGCAGCGUUUCUGCAAAGCCUGGGCAUGACAACCACACUGCCCACCGAAACCCAGACGGAGGGAAAACCUAGAAAGAAGAGAGGUUCUAGAUGGGAUAACCCGCAACCGGCCUGACUGGCGCACCCAGAGUAGCAGCUAACUGGCAGUGGCACAUGCCGGGCAGCCAGGACUUGUAGUAAGUCUUGUGAUAAGACCCAUAGCAUUCCCCCCUGUUGAUAGCCAAACUUGGCCUCUCGCACAGCUGCACCGCUGUCUUUGUUUCAUCUUUAUUACACAUACGCAUCUCUGCUUUGCUCCUCCAUCUUCAGUGCUCCCAACCAUAACCUAAAAAGCUAUCUUUAGGAUUAGUUAUACCCCCAUACAACAGCUAAGAUGUAUAUUCUAUGUACAAACUUUAAUAAACUGCAAAUUAAAAAGGAUGACAGAUAGACCAAGUCAAAGUGGAACAGCGCCUUUUUCUGGUGUUACCAGAAUUAAAGUCCCUGUAAGAUCGGAAAUUAAAGCAAAGACUCUGAACCACACAUUCUUAAUUUUUCCACAGGACCAACACAUAUGAAGUAGAUUACAACAGACAUGUUGCUCUUUUUCACUUACUUCUCUACCUUUUUUCCUUUUACCUUCUUGUUUAUUUGUUAGUGUUUAGAUCCAUGUUUUAAAAGAUAAAUAGUAAAGAUGUGUGUGCUACUGGCAUAGAUCAAAGCUUGUUAUCUGAUUCGGAUAUCUGUGUAACCCUUAAUAUCGGAGGACUGGAAGGCAGGAUUUUAUAAAAAAUGCUUCAAGAUUUAUGUUGAUAUUUCCUCUCUUUCUUUUUUAUCAGUUCUUCAUAUUCCAGACUCCUCUUACUGCCUCGUUAUUAUCCUCUCUAACUCGUGUUCUCAAACUUGUUUUUCAAUUUGUUUAGCUCACAUUUCUCAGUAGUACUACACAGAAAUCAAAAAUGGACUAGAUGAGGUGUUUAAUGCAGAUAUUAAUAGAUACCUCAAAACAUACGAAUUUACAUUUUGACACUUUGAUUAUAAUAAACUAAUAGGUACAACUCAAAAUCCAAGAGGAACUUGAUGCCCAGGUUGGAUUUGAAAGAUACCCAUUGAUCAGUGACAGAGGAAAGUUACACUAUUUGGAAGCCACCAUUGCUGAAGUACUACGUAUUCGCCCCGUGUCGCCGCUGCUCAUUCCGCAUGUCGCCAUGGAAGAAUCUAGGUGAGUUAGGUAAUUUUCAUGAAGUGCCAAGUAAAGAUUACUACAGUGUGCGAUGACAUCACAUUAUUGUGCCCCAGCAAAUUCUGCAUGCGCAGAGAAACUCAAGUCUUGGUAUAGUAGGGAUAUCCAUCUCCAGUCCAACGUAAAUAAAAAAAUAUUCUGUAAUCAAAACAAAAUUUAGAUGCCCUUUAGAGAUGACCUAGGGACAGUUUCAACCCACUAAGGUUAGUGGGCACCGCCCCUCUCCUCCCACUUUAAAAUGUAAAAAACACCCGCAAUAUUUUUAAUGUUUUCAUUUUUAAAAAUUGCACAGAUGUGUACAUUUUGAUAAAACCCUGUCCUGUUCCCUUCUACAAAACCCCUCUCCUGCCCGCCAUUCUACAAAUGCAUGUCCUGCCCCCAUUCUACAAAACCCCUGCACCCCCUUCUCAACCCCACUUAAACAAAAUCCCUGUCCCCCUUCUACAAACCCCUGCACCCACCUUCCCAAAAAAACCUGCCUCUCGCUCUAAAGCCCCUGCUCAGCCCCUUACAAUAGAAUUAAUUUUUUUACACAACAAUAUUAGCAACAGUCUUCAGAGUCCAGUCCCAGGCACACAGUCACACACAGAGUUACAGGCAGACAGUCACACAGACAGUCACACAGACAGUCACACAAACAGUUACAGACAGUCACACAUACAAUUACAGGCAGAUAGUUACACACACACACACACACCGUUACAGGCAGCAUUCCCCACUCACACACACAAUCACAGGCACACACAGACAGUCACGGGCAGACAGUCACACACAGAGUUACAGGCAGACAGACACACACAGUCACAGGCAGACAGCCACACACACACAGUCACAGACAGACAGACACACACACACUCUCUCUCUUUUACUUACAGUCCACUUGGGCUGGAGGAGUGGAUUCAGUCCAUGCUGUAUAGUUGUUGGGGGAAGCAUGGACUCCAUCCUGCUUCCCCUCGAUGUGCAGCAGUAACAGCAGUGGGUGGAGGCAGUGUUUAGCUCUGCGCUCUGCUGCUGGUUUGGCUCCACCCCCGCUGCCAUUUAGCCACACCCUGUUUAUUUUAGACGAGGCGGUUUUAAAGUUCUGCAGCUGCCUGUACCUGCGUGUGUGAGCUGUGCGUCUGUCAUGGCAACCUGUCCUUGCCACACAGCUCACACAUCCUAAGGCCACCCAGGUCCGCCCCCCUUCCCUCCCCCACCCUCCUUAGUACGCCACUGUGUGCAAUAAAAAUGUAUGUAGAUGUAUACAGAUUCAUAUGUGCAAAGCUGGAUUAAUUGGGGAUAAAUAGCUAUCGUCACUUUGUAGUAUUUAUAUUAAUACAACUGAAUUGGGGUUUGUUUAUGACAGUGAACUGUGAUUUUCUUCAUUAAUAGCAUUGGAGAAUACACAAUUCAAAAAGAUGCACGUGUGGUUAUAAAUCUCUGGUCUCUGCACCAUGACCCCAAUGAAUGGAAAAAUCCUGAAGUCUUUAAUCCAGGUAUGUAUUCCAAGAACACAUAUUUAGUACAGCACUACAUAUAUAAAUAAACUCCCUUUUAAAAGCAAAGCUCGGGAGAUCUUCAUGGAAACAUAUAUCAAUAUCAUCAUGUCUCUAUCAGGGUUAUUUAAAGUGAGAAUUCAAAGUGAAUUUCAAAUUGAAAGCCACAGUAACAAAAUCCUUAGGAAUUAGGGAUUUUUCCAGUUCAGCUUUUUUGCUCUUAAAUUUGAAAUUCACUGUGAAUUCUCACGUUAGUAAAUAUCUCUGUGUCUCUUAACCUAAGCCCCGUUGACUGAUUUAUUUUUUUAAAAUUUGAAUGAUCUAUGUGUAAUCUAUGAAUAAUUUGUUGUCAACUCUGUCCUACGUAUGACCCAUUCUGUAAUGUACAGAACCACAGGCUAUGCUUUUAGGGAGUAAUUACAACUGGUGUGUUGGUAAACCGACCUAAACAAGCCAACGGCCUAAUAAAAGAGUCUCUCAACAUUAGAACGCGUCUCUAUUGGCUCCUAACAGUUCACAAAAACAUUAUAUAGAGAAAAUAAUACUAUACUUUAUUGUAGCUGAAACAAAUUGGGGAAUUUUUUUUUAGUAGCCAACAGUCUAUGGAAUUUGUAGAAAAUGUAAUGUGCGUAUGGCAGCACAAAGUAAAAGAUAUAUCUAGCCUUGAUUGUAUUUACUACCCCCACACCGCCAUUCACUGAUGGAGGAUGUAAUAUGUGUACAUAUUGUCAGAUCCCAGUACCAACCACCAGUUUCCUUCAUAGACUGUACAAUGGGAAUAUUUAUGCCUCAAUUUCAUCAUUUUGGACUAGCUUCUUCAAAUGAUUUUAUUACUUUUAGAUACAUUUAAAAAACCAAAUUGCAAAUAUUAAAAUAUAUUAAAUAUCAAUAUAUUUAUACGAUAUAAAAAAUUAAUUAUUAAAACCUUUUUCAAAAUAUUUCGUCAUUUGAAAAGCUUAUCCUAAAAUAUGAAAUCAAGACCAUAAUGAGUAAUAAUAGUUCAAAAUUUACAUUUUGGUUUUUUAAUUUCUGUGUUAGAAUACUGCGUUUUAGAAGACCAUCAAUAAAUAAUGUUACAUUUUUCAGACCGAUUCUUGGACGAGAAUGGAAAUCGUAUUUAUUCCCCCUGCCCAAGUUACAUGCCUUUUGGUGCUGGGAUCCGUGUUUGCCUUGGAGAAGCCUUGGCCAAAAUGGAAAUCUUUCUCUUCCUUUCGUGGAUUCUGCAGAGGUUUACCUUGGUGGUUCCAGAGGGUGAACAGCUUCCAGACCUGGAAGGGAGGUUUGGGGUAGUUCUUCAAGUGAACACGUUCAAGGUGAUUGCUAAAUUGAGGAAUGGUUGGGAGAACAUAGAAACCGCCACCUGAGAACAGAGGAAAGUAAUUUUAAAACAUGAAAAUGCCGUGCUUUUUUUAUUCUUACAAAUGACCAAAGACAGUUUAUAUAGCGAAGUAUUUUUCUGCAAAUUACCAGUCUUUUUGCAGCAGGCAACCUGUAUCACCUGAUCUUUUAGACGUCUGCUUGGCCUUUUCACAUAAUGGUACAGUCAUACGCAUUUCUUUCUUAAAUAAACAUAUUGAAAUUAUUUCAUUUUGUUUGUG